AUGUCUGGACGCGAUUUCCUUGGCCAAAAAGCGCCUGAGAAUUAUGUUGCUGGUUUAGGUCGAGGAGCGACAGGUUUCACAACACGAUCUGAUUUAGGUCCUGCGCGAGAAGGCCCAAGUGAAGAUCAAAUUAAAGAAGCUCUUGCAAAGCGCGCUGCUCAACUAGGUCAAGCAGCUCCUACAGCAUACGGAGCUACCGAGAAGAAAGAGGACGAUGAGGAAGAUGAGCGCUUCCAGGAUCCGGACAAUGAAGUUGGGCUAUUUUCAGGUGGCGUUUACGACCAGGACGAUGAUGAAGCAGACAGGAUAUACCAGGAUGUAGAUGAGAAGAUGGAUAGACGGCGAAAGAUAAGAAGGGAAGCACGAGAAAAAGCAGAAAGGGAAGAAUACGAGCGCAAUAAUCCCAAAAUUCAACAACAAUUCGCGGACCUGAAACGAGCGUUGGGAACGGUCAGUGAUGAAGAUUGGGCAAACUUACCGGAAGUGGGUGAUUUGACUGGCAAGAACAGAAGAAGCAAACAAGAGUUGAGAAAGAAGUUUUAUGCGGUUCCUGAUAGUGUUAUUGCUGGAGCUCGAGACACAACCGAGCUAGGAACUACUGUGAUGGACGAUGGUGGGGAAAGUGUAGGAGGCGAUGGACUCGACGGUACCAUGACCAAUUUUGCGGAUAUCGGAGCGGCGCGAGAUAAAGUUCUCAAAGUAAAGCUCGAUCAGGCGUCUCAAGGAACCGAUUCGAUAUCUGGAAAUGCCACCAACAUCGACCCGAAAGGAUAUCUUACCAGUUUAGCCAAAUCACAAAUCAACGAAGGAGAAACUCAAGUUGGUGACAUUGUCCGUGUACGGACUUUGUUGGAAUCUGUCAUCAAAACAAAUCCCAAGCAUGCCCCAGGAUGGAUCGCAGCCGCUCGUCUCGAAGAGCUUGCAGGAAAGACUGUAGCAGCUCGCAAUAUCCUUGCGCGUGGUUGUGAAUAUUGCCCCAAGAGCGAAGAUAUUUGGCUGGAGAAUAUUCGAUUGAAUGACAACCACAAUGCAAAGAUUAUUGCCGCAAAUGCCAUCAAGAACAAUGACCGCUCAGUGCGAUUAUGGGUCGAAUCAAUGAAGCUGGAAACGGAACCUAGAGCUAAGAAACGAGUCAUUAGGCUCGCUUUGGAUCACAUCCCGCAAUCUGUAGGGCUCUGGAAAGAGGCUGUCAACCUGGAAGAAGAUCCCAGUGAUGCACGUCUACUUCUUGCCAAGGCCACUGAAAUCAUCCCCCUUUCUGUUGAAUUAUGGCUAGCCCUUGCACGAUUAGAGACAUCCGACAACGCCCAAAAAGUCCUCAAUAAGGCUCGAAAAGCUAUACCUACGUCCCAUGAAAUUUGGAUAGCUGCUGCACGUCUUGGCGAACAAAUGGGUGCAGCCUCCAAGAUAAAUGUCAUGAACCGUGCUGUCAAGGCUUUAGCAAAGGAGUCUGCCAUGUUGAAGAGAGAAGACUGGAUCACCGAAGCAGAGAAAUGUGAGGAAGAGGGGGCGGUUUUAACUUGCGGUAACAUCAUUAGGGAGACUCUCGGAUGGGGUUUGGACGAAGAUGAUGACAGAAAGGAUAUCUGGAUGGAAGAUGCAAAGUCUAGCAUCAACCGUGGAAAGUAUGAGACUGCUCGUUCUAUUUAUGCUUAUGCUCUUCGAGUUUUCGUUACUAGCACAAAGCUUUGGCUUGCUGCGGCAGAUCUAGAGAAGAACCAUGGGACAAAAGAAGCUUUGUGGCAAUUACUCGAAAAGGCUGUUGAAGCACGUCCUACUAGUGAGGUAUUGUGGAUGAUGUUGGCCAAGGAGAAAUGGUUAGCAGGUGAAGUCGAUAACGCAAGAAGAGUUCUCGGUAAAGCUUUCAACCAGAAUCCAAAUAACGAGGAAAUUUGGCUUGCGGCCGUGAAAUUAGAGGCAGAAAAUCAGCAGCCAGAACAGGCACGAGAGCUUCUCAAAACGGCACGACAAGAAGCACCAACUGAUCGUGUAUGGACGAAGAGUGUGGCAUACGAAAGACAAUUAGGCAAUAUCGACGCAGCCUUGGAUCUUGCGAACCAAGGAUUAGCCCUGUUCCCUGGUGCUGCCAAAUUAUGGAUGAUGAAAGGUCAAAUUUACGAAGGGGAAGGGAAAAUGCCGCAAGCUCGUGAAGCUUACAGUACGGGUACAAAAGCUUGUCCAAAAUCUGUGCCACUUUGGCUGCUGUAUUCGCGACUUGAAGAGAGAGCCGGUAUGGUCGUCAAAGCACGUAGUGUUCUCGACAGAGCACGAUUAGCAGUCCCCAAAUCCCCAGAAUUAUGGACCGAAUCGGUGAGAGUCGAACGACGCGCAAACAAUACCUCACAGGCGAAGAUCAUGAUGGCGAAAGCUCUGCAGGAGGUACCCAGCAGUGGAUUAUUAUACACAGAAUCAAUUUGGCAUCUGGAAGCGCGAACACAACGAAAACCUCGCGCUCUAGAAGCCAUUAAGAAAGUCGAUAAUGACCCUAUCCUCUUCGUUACCAUUGCGCGCAUCUUUUGGGGUGAGAGAAGAUUAGAAAAGGCACAAAAUUGGUUUGAGAAGGCUAUUCUGCUAGAUAGCGAUCUAGGUGAUACGUGGGCUUGGUAUUACAAAUUUCUGCUACAGCAUGGCACCGAAGAUAAACGAGCAGAUGUCGUAUCGAAAUGUAUACUCAGCGAACCGAGACACGGAGAGUUUUGGCAGGUGGUGGCGAAAGAUCCGAAGAAUGCAGGUAUGGGUGUCGAGGAAAUAUUAAAGUUGGUUGUGGAGAAGGUGGUUUGA